UUCCCCAAGGUUGCUGUGCAGCUGCCCAUGUUCAAUGAGCGGGCUGUCUGCCAGGCAAUCAUUGACAGCGCCUGCGAGAUGGUCUGGCCGCGGUCGAGGUUCACAGUGCAGGUUUUGGAUGACUCGACAGAUCAGGUCACAAGGGAGCUGGUGGAUGACAAGUGCCUGGAGUGGACAGAGCGCGGCGUGUCCUGCGAGUGCAUCAGGCGCACCCACAGGUCCGGCUACAAGGCUGGGGCGCUCAAGGAGGGCAUGAACUUCCUGGUGGACUACGACUUCAUCGCCAUCUUUGAUGCUGACUUCAAGCCAGAGCCAGACUUCCUGAUGACUAUGGUGCCUUGGCUGAUCGACAACCCGAGCAUCGGCUAUGUGCAGGCGCGCUGGGCCUUCACCAAUCCUGAGGAGUCCUACCUGACAAAGGCGCAGCAGAUCUCGCUCAAUUACCACUGCAAGUGCGAGCAGUUUGUGCACUUUGCCAGCGGCGGUUUCUUCAACUUCAAUGGCACUGCCGGCAUGUGGAGGAGGAAGUGCAUUGAGACGGCUGGAGGCUGGAACAGCCGCACAACAGUGGAGGACAUGGACCUGUCUCUGCGGGCCUACAUCGCCGGAUGGAAGGCCAUCUACCUGCGCGAGGUCACCGUGCUCAACGAGCUGCCGGCGAGCUUCUUCGCGUACAGGAAGCAGCAGCACCGCUGGACCUGCGGCCCGGUGCAGCUGUGGCGGCGCGCUGCGCGGGACAUCUGGGCUUCUAGCCUGCCCAUGGCAUCCAAGCUGGAGCUCAUUGUGUGCUACUUUGGCAUCCGCAAGUUUGCCACGCACUGGGUGUCCCUCGGCUUCUUCUGCACCCUCGUGCCCCUCUCCAUGUUCACCCCGGAGGUGUCUAUUCCGCUGUGGGCGCUGGUGCAUCUGCCGGUGGUGGUCACAGUCACCACUGCAGUCUUCACACCCAAGGCAAGCCACUCCUCUUUACUCAUCCUGUACGUGCUGUUUGAGAAUGCCAUGGGCGUUGUCAAGCUGUGGGCCGUCGUGGCAGGCGUGCUUGACCUGAAGCAGGCGCAAGAGUGGGUGGUGACCACCAAGCUUGGCGCCUCCGACAAACGCCCCGGCACCGAGGUGCGCCGGCCCUGCUGUCAUUCUCUGCUCCUUGCAUGCAUUAUGCGCACGUGCCGCUUCUACAUGGGUGAGCUGCUGAUGAGCCUGCUGGCGCUGUCGGCCGCGCUGUACGGCAUGGCAGCAGUCAACCGCUGGAGCUUCUCCGUUUUCCUCACGCUGCAGGGUCUGGUGUUCCUGGCGUUUGCGCUGAACCUGGUGGAC